AUGAAUCUCACCUUCUCUAAGAUAAAAAAUACAUUUAAAUCAUUUCAUAAUGACCCAAGUUUAAGUCUUUUGUUUAAAUCAAUUGGUGCGAACAAGCCGGGUCUGCGUGAAUGAUGAUGGUCUUUGUUUAUUACGACCGAAAUGACUAAAUCAAACUUCUUCUUCUUCAAUGGAUGUUUCUUUUUUAUCCAUCUCAAGACAUAUUCUUUCUAUUUAUUUACUUCUUAUGCAACCAGAUUCAUCAAAGCUUUAAUCAUAUCACUUUCUUGAUCGUUCGUUCAUAGUUUGCUUCCGGAACAAAAAACAUUGACAUUAAGAUCACAAUAUGAAGAUGUCAAUUAGCAAGGUCAAGAGCAUGUUCUGCACAACCUUAACAAAGUCAAUGCCAGCCAUUGCCUUCUUUGGGAGAAUGGCAUUUUCCUUUGUCUUUUUCAUUACUGCAAUCCAAGAUUAUGCUGAUCAUUAUGGCGGUGGAGCUGGCGGGCCACUCGAGAAGACGAUGGGACCAGCCGUGAACAUGUUGAGCAAAUAUGGUUCUAAGGCUCUCACAUUUUACUUUGGAAUGCAAGUGGUCGCAUUCGAUGUUCGACUUAUUGAGUUCGCACUCAUAAGUGCAAAGGCAACCGCAGCUUUAUGGUUCAUCUUUGGACAAUCCAUCCCAGCUUACUUCUUGCUCGCAACGCAAAUAUUCUCAACUGUCAUUCCUUUCCCUACCAACUUGAAUGACUUCACUCAGAACUUGACGUUAAUCGGGGCGUUGCUAUAUUACAUUGGAUUGAAGCAUACUGUCGACAACCUCGAUGAUGAAGAGAAGAACAAGCAGACCGAAGGAUGAUAAGGCCUCAACUUCCAAAGCCAAAGUAAAAGCAAACUGAAAGUGACAACUUCACAAACUCUAUUGCUUUAUUUCGAUGGUUCCCAUUAUGUCUUUUCCUUUUAUUUUUCUUUUAUCAGACGACUAUUUGACCUUAUGGUUUAGUAAGUGAUAUCACAUUCCAUCCAAUGUGUUUGUUUGCUGUUAUGCUUGCAGUGUAUUGUUCACCAAUGGACUACAGUUCAAGUACACAAAGAAAGUGACAUAAAGAACAAUAAUAACUACCAAAUUCUAAAAAACCAAAUUUGUUACAAAAGACUUUGUGCCGAAAAUCUUCGCUUACUUUUUUUUUUUAUAGUCUUUUUCUGAUUUGUUGUCAAUUACAAAAAUAGAACAAGAACCUCCAGAUCAUUAGAUGCAAAAGCAUACUAUAAAAUUUUGUUUUAUGAAA